AUGUUCAUAUCUCCCUCCCUCUCUCUCUCCCUCUCUCUCUCCCUCUCCCACUCUCUCAAUCUCCGUCUAUCUCUCGUUCUCUCUCUCCCUCUCUCUGACUCUAUCUCUCGCUCUCUCUUUCUCUCUGUCUCGCUCUUCUCCCCCUCUAUCUCGCUUUCUCCCCCUCUCUCUAUCCCUUUCUCGUUCUCUCUCGCGCCCUGUCUCGCUCUCUCCCUCUCUCUAUCCCUCUCCCUCUCUCUCAAUCUCCGUCUCUCUCUCACUCUCUCACUCUUCCUCUUUCUCUCACUCUCUCUCGCUCUCACUCUCUCCCUCUAUCUCGCUCUCUCUCACUCUCUCCCCCUCUCUCUCACUCUAUCUCUCGCUCUCUUUUUCUCUCUGUCUCGCUCUCUCUCCCCCUCUCUCCCUCUCUCUCCCCCUUUCUCUUUCUCUCUCUCGUUCUCCCACCUCCCGCCGGUUUAA